AUGGAUUUCGUCAUUGCAAGUUACGAUCAACUUGGUCUGGACCGGCCUUGGCAAUGCUCCAGCUUCGUUGCAGACAACUUACAAUGCGAAAGAUCUUCAAAGGUGUCCACGCGGCUUGGGCGACCGAUGUUGAUGGUUCUUUCAAGCGAAAGAUACACCUCAUGUCAGAUACUUGACAUUACCAAACCUCUGGGAAAGCAUUCAGUGCUCACGCUCAUCGCACCAGAGAGCUUGAGCAUCCGUGCUUGA